UAUCCGGCGGGCACGCCCCCCCCCUGCUGGAGGUAUCCAGGAAGGAGAGGUGGCGGCGGCGCCGGCGCAAGGAGGAGCUGGGGCGCGUCGGGGGACAUUGCACGGUUUAGGGGCCAAGCGGUUAAAGAGGAAAAUGAGAAGAUUUUUGAGACCUGGACAUGACCCAAUAAGAGAGAGGCUCAAGCGUGACCUUUUCCAGUUUAACAAGACUGUUGAACAUGGCUUCCCGCACCAGCCCAGCGCACUGGGCUAUAGCUCUUUCCUCCAUCUCAUGGCUAUCGGGACCCGAUCAGGAGCCAUCAAAGUCUACGGCGCUCCAGGGGUUGAGUUCAUGGGCUUGCACGAAGAGACCAACACUGUCAUGCAAAUACAUUUCAUUCCUGGCCAGUGCCGCUUGUUGACAUUGCUAGAUGAUAACAGCCUGCAUUUAUGGACCCUGAAACAGACCCACAGCAAUAUGUCUGAGCUGCAGGAAGAAAGACAUUUCACACUCCGAGGGCCUCCUGGUUCCCCUCCAAGUGCUACCCAGGUAACAGCUAUCCUCGCACACUCCUCCCAGGAACUUCUUUAUCUUGGCACUGAGAGUGGUAAUGUCUUUGUGGUGGAGAUCCCAUCCUUCAGAGUGCUAGAAGACCGGACCAUCAGUCCAGAUGUUGUGCUGCAACGUGUGCCAGAGGAGUACCUCAACAGAAGGUCCCUUGAAUUGGUGGAAGCCUUACGGGAACAUCCCCAGAACCCCAAUCAGAUCUUGAUUGGCUACAGCAAGGGCCUCAUUGUCCUCUGGGACUUGAUAAAUAACAAAGCAACACACCAUUUCCUUGGCAAUCAGCAACUGGAAAACCUCUUCUGGCAGAGGAAUGGCCGCCAGAUCAUCAGCUGCCAUUAUGACGGGAGUUAUGCCCAGUGGCCUGUCUCAAGUGAUGAUAGGCAGCCAGAGCCCCUGGAAAGCAAAGUGCCUUACGGUCCUUUUCCUUGCAAGGCCAUCUCCAAGAUUUACUGGCAAACAACAAAGAACGGGCUUCCUUACAUUAUAUUUCAAGGAGGGAUGCCACGGGCCAGCUAUGGUGACAGGCAUAGCAUUUCUGUCGUUUAUGGCAAUCAGCAAACUGCCUUUGACUUUACAUCGCGAGUGAUAGACUUCUUUGUUAUUGCCAAUGCAGAUCCACUUGCAGAAUUUGAUGACCCAUCUGCCAUGGUGGUGCUAGCAGAGGAAGAGCUAGUAGUCAUAGACCUGAUGUCUCCAGGCUGGCCAUCGGUCCAACCCCCGUACCUGGCAUCUCUUCACUGUUCAGCCAUCACAUGUUCCCACCAUGUCUCCAACAUCCCUCUCAAGUUAUGGGAAAGGAUCAUCAGUGCCGGGAGUAAACAGAACUCCCAGUUCUCUAAUAUGCAAUGGCCAAUUAAUGGAGGCACCAGCAAGGCUCCAGAUCCUCCCCAGAGAGACUUGCUACUUACUGGGCAUGAGGAUGGCACAGUACGAUUCUGGAACGCGUCCGGCGUUUGUCUGAACCUCCUGUAUAAGCUGAGCACGGUGAGGGUGUUCCUCACGGAUGCUGAUCCCAAUGACAAUCUGAACCAGAUGGGGGAGGAUGAAUGGCCUCCGCUGCGCAAGGUUGGCUCCUUUGACCCUUACAGCGAUGACCCCAGACUUGGGAUCCAGAAGAUCUUCUUGUGCAAAUACAGUAGCUACUUGGCCGUGGCAGGAACAGCAGGGCAGGUACUCGUAAUGGAGCUAAAUGACGAAGAAGCAGAGCAGGUGGUUGACCAUUCAGAGGCGGACCUCCUCCAGGAUCAGGAAGGCUAUAGGUGGAAAGGUCACGAGCGGCUCAAAACUAAAGAUGGGCCUGUUCGGUUUGAGCCAGGCUUCCAGCCCUUUGUCUUGGUCCAGUGUCAGCCGCCAGCUGUGGUCACUUCGCUGGCCCUUCACUCGGAAUGGAAACUCGUAGCCUUUGGCACAAGCCACGGUUUUGGGCUCUUUGAUCAUCAGCAGAAGCGGCUGGUCUUUGUCAAGUGUACCCUGCAUCCCAGUGACCAACUGGCCUUGGAAGGCCCUCUUUCCAGAGUGAAGUCUUUAAAGAAGUCCCUCCGCCAGUCCUUCCGACGAAUGCGAAGGAGCAGGGUGUCUAACAGAAAGCGACGAACUGCAGAGGUACAAGAGGGAAUUUCCAGGCAUGAUCAUGAUGCAUUGCAGGAGAUAGAGCUAGCUCCUGUCCAGCGGAAGAUUGAAGCGCGGUCAGCAGAGGACUCUUUCACUGGCUUCGUUCGCACCUUGUAUUUUGCCGACACCUUCUUAAGAGACAGUUCCCGGCACUGCCCCUCCUUAUGGGCAGGCACCAAUGGGGGCACAGUCUAUGCCUUCUGUCUGCGUGUUCCACCAGCCGAGAGAAGAAUGGAUGAGCCUGUCCGAGCAGAGCAGGCCAAAGAGAUCCAGCUCAUGCACAGAGCUCCUGUUAUCGGGAUCGUUGUUCUGGAUGGCCAGAGCACUCCCCUUCCAGAGCCGCUGGAAGUGGCCCAUGACCUUUCCAAGAGUCCCAACAUGCAAGGGAGCCACCAGCUUCUUGUGGUGUCGGAAGAACAGCUUAAGGUUUUCACGUUGCCCAAAGUCGGCUCCAAACUGAAACUUAAAUUGACGGCCCUGGAAGGCUGCCGCGUACGGAAGGUGACAGUGACCAACUUUGCCAGCUGUAAGAGUGAGCACAGUGAGAAUGACCUGGCUGUUCUGACGAACCUGGGAGACAUCCAGAUUAUUUCCCUGCCUGCACUCAAGAUACAAGUGCGCUACCCCUGUAUCCGCAAGGAGGAUGUGAGUGGCAUUGCCUCCUGUGUCUUCACCAGAUAUGGGCAAGGGUUCUAUCUCAUCUCCCCGUCAGAGUUUGAGAGGUUUUCACUUUCCCCAAAGUGGCUGGUUGAACCACGAUGCUUAGUAAAAGUACCUGAAAACAUAGGCAACAGCCAUGUGCACAGCACACCUGGUGUGGAGAAGGCUUCAAGGAUAUCCAAUAGCAAGGAAUCGGGAUGGAGUGCCAGUGAUCCAGGGGCAGAUGAGAGGACACAUGGCAGAUUGAUGGAGCAUGCCCUGCUCAAUGAUGAAAAAGUUCUAAAAGAGAUCCAAAGCACUCUGGAGGGUGAAAAAGGGAGUUAUAGUGACAAAAACUCAAGGAGAAUUCAAGUAGGACACAGACUAAGCAAUGGAGGAGCAGAAUGAUUGUGUUCCUGCAGUGUCUCCGUGAUGUCCGACGUUUGGAAAGAGUGCCAUAACACUACUGACUACAGGCCCACCGUCCACUGGAAGAGACAUCCACUGGCCGUGGCCUUGGAUUCAGUUGCAGGGCUGAGUCUUGCCUGGCCACUCAUCUGCUUAUCAUCCUCUUCACUGUGCCUCACCUGAAGCCCUCAUUUUCUCUUUGAGAUGCCAGCCUUGCACUAAGGCUGGAAUGCUUCCCUUGGCCUGUUUCCCUUCAUGCCUCUGGAUUUUUUUUUUGCAAUUCUUCAAUUGUUUGCACAAUUUCUUUUAAAAUAAAAUAUUUCUACUGG